GCCAGGAAACAAGCUCUGCGACCAAACUCCAGCGUCUGAAGUAUUAGUUUGGUUCCAAACUUCUUGGCAUCUUCGACUCUACCGAACUCUCCACCAUGAGCAUUGGCACUGUCAACGUCACCGACCCUAUGGCUUAUAGGGGAGGAGGUGUUAGUUUUGGAUACCCAGAGGGUUUCACUCUCAUGGAUCUUGUUCCAGAUGACGUCAAACCUCUCAUUCAUCCCCACUGGAGCAACUUUCCCCCCGUCAACCCUAUGUGGCACUAUUUGCUGGCAGGUAUUUACAUGAUACUUGGUUUCCUUUCCUUCUUCGGCAAUGGUAUCGUCAUGUACCUGUUCCUCUGUAAGAAAAGCUUGCGUUCUCCAGCCAAUAUGUUCGUGGUUAAUCUGGCUUUCAGCGACUUCAUGAUGAUGGUAUCUCAGUUCCCAAUGUUCGUCACGAAUUGCUUCAGCGGAGGUUUCUGGUCUCUGGGCGCCUUUGCUUGCCAGCUUCAUGCCUUCACAGGAGCUGUGUUUGGCUUGACAUCCCUCAUGACACUGGCUGCAAUUGGCUACGAUCGUUACUGCGUUAUCGUCAAAGCUUUCGACGGUGGCCAUAUCAGCUCUGGAAAGGCUCUCAUCAUAAUUCUUCUGUGUUGGGGAUACUCCAUUGCAGUGUCAAUCUGGCCUUUCUACGGAUGGAACUCCUACAUUCCCGAAGGUAUUCUUACCUCUUGCAGCUUCGACUACAUCAGCCAAGACUGGAGCACCAAGUCCUACGGCCUUUUCCUGUUCAUCAUGUGCUACUGCGUUCCGCUCACUAUUAUCAUCUUCGUGUACGCUCAGAUCGUUGGUGCUAUUCGCCAGCACGAAAAGGCUCUUCGAGAACAAGCCAAGAAAAUGAACGUGGAAAGCCUCCGCUCCAACGCCGACGCCAAGAAGCAGAGUGCUGAGGUUCGAAUCGCCAAAGUGGCAGUGGCCAAUGUCUUCUUGUGGCUGCUUACAUGGACGCCCUAUGCCUACGUUGUCAUGACUGGACUGUUUGGCGAUCAAGAGAAGGUGACUCCCCUUGUCUCCGCCCUGCCCGGCCUCAUCGCCAAGACCGCCUCUGUCUACAACCCCAUGAUGUUCGCUAUCUCGCACCCCAAGUUCCGUCUCGCCCUUCAGGAGGCUUUCCCAUGGUUCUGUGUCCACGAAGAGAAAGACGACGACACGAAAUCAUCAAAGACCGAAUCGGAAGCUCCAAAGUAAAGCCUUCUUUCUAAGGUUUACUUGAGGGCAAUCACAAAACGCAUGUCCCCCGAGAUGGCUUUUAUGAUUAUCAUCAAGUAUAUUAGGUAUAAUGCUUAAUUGCUGUUGAUGAAAUAUAUUGAUGUUGGUUGAAAGGAAGUUGCCUUUGAGAACGCACAUCGUUAAUUACAAAAAUAUUGUAAACGACGUCACCAAAUGCCGAAUGAUACUUCAGUAGUUGGUAAGAAAAAAUGAAUAAAAAAUUAAAUGCAAUAAAAAUAAAUAUGAUAA